AUGUCUCCCAAGGGGGCCUCUUCUCCAGCCUCGCAAGGGACCAGCGAAGGGGAGCCGCCCUACUUGGGCAUCUCUGACGACGACGCCUCCUUCUCUUGCGCCUCGUUCUCUCCCUCGCUGGCCGCUGGCAGCCUGCCUUCCUCUCCCAGCCCCUGCCUGCUUCUGCUGGAGCCAGGAGAAGCACCUGCCCGCCGCCGAGCGCCCUCGGAAGCUGGGUGCCCCAAGAAGGCGAAAGGCCGUCGGGGCCGCGCCAAAGGCAAGAGUGACGGGCUGGGGCCGAGCAAGGCCAAGAGGAGUCGCCGCAUGAAGGCCAACGAUCGCGAGCGGAACCGCAUGCACAACCUGAACUCGGCCCUGGACGCCCUGCGCGGCGUCUUGCCCACCUUCCCCGACGACGCCAAGCUGACCAAGAUCGAGACGCUGCGCUUCGCCCACAACUAUAUCUGGGCGCUCACCGAGACCCUCCGCUUGGCGGAUCAGAGCCUGUCGGCCAAGCCGGGCCGCCAGGAGGCCCCUUUCCAACAGCUUAGCAGCGCCUGCAGCCCCGACGGCAGCGGCCUUUGGCCUUGCCAGUGGGACUCGCUCUACUCCCCGAUCUCGCAAGAGGGCAGCCUCAGCCCUGUUGACUCCAUGGAAGACGGGGGCCCUGUCCAGGCAGCCGGGGGCCCUCCCUGUCGGAGGCACACGCCCCAAGCAGCCUUCCCGGAUUUCGUCUGA